AUGAGUUCGGGUCACAUGUGGCCUAACAGUCAAGAUGACUAUGAGCUUCUUGAAGUGAUCGGCGUGGGCGCUACGGCUGUCGUCCACGCUGCUUAUUGCCGUCCACGAGGCGAAAAGUGCGCCAUAAAACGUAUCAACCUGGAGAAAUGGAACACCUCCAUGGACGAGCUGCUUAAGGAGAUACAAGCUAUGUCGAGCUGUAACCACGAAAACGUGGUCACCUACUACACUAGUUUCGUAGUCAAAGAAGAGCUCUGGCUAGUUUUAAGACUCCUCGAAGGCGGCAGUUUGUUGGAUAUAAUCAAACACAAAAUGAGGGUCUCGAACUGCAAACACGGGGUUUUCGACGAAGCUACCAUCGCCACCGUCCUGAAGGAGGUUCUCAGGGGUUUGGAGUAUUUUCAUCAGAACGGCCAAAUCCACAGAGACAUCAAGGCUGGUAACAUACUCCUAGGAGACGACGGGAUCGUUCAGAUCGCGGACUUCGGUGUGUCAGCCUGGCUCGCGACCGGGCGGGAUCUGUCGCGGCAGAAGGUGCGCCAUACGUUCGUAGGAACACCUUGCUGGAUGGCCCCUGAAGUCAUGGAGCAAAACCACGGGUACGACUUCAAGGCUGACAUCUGGUCGUUCGGCAUCACCGCCAUCGAGAUGGCGACGGGCACCGCGCCCUACCACAAAUACCCUCCCAUGAAGGUGCUCAUGCUCACUCUACAGAACGAUCCGCCGACCAUCGACACCGGCGCCGAGGACAAAGACCAGUACAAGGCUUACGGGAAGACCUUCAGGAAGAUGAUAUCGGAAUGUCUCCAGAAGGACCCGACCAAGAGGCCGUCCGCCACCGAGCUGCUGAAACACUCGUUCUUCAAGAAAGCCAAGGACAGGAAGUAUCUUGUGCAGACUCUCGUGUCGAUAGGUCCCAGUAUGGAAACCCGCGUGCACAAGGCGAGUCGGCGGCAACCGGGAGCGUCCGGGAGACUGCAUCGUAUGGAAACCGGCGAGUGGGUGUGGGAGAGUGACGAGGAGGACGGCGAGGAGGAGGACGAGCGGCGUGACCGACCCAUGAACCAGCUGCUGCGGGCUGACUCCUCGGACAGCGAGCCGGACACGGAGCGCGCGGGGUUCACCAUCGGCUCGUUGGACGUGGACGAGGCGCCGCAGCUGAACCUCGUGCUGCGGAUGAGGAACGCGAGGAACGAACUCAACGACAUCCGCUUCGAGUUCGCGGCGGGCAAGGACUCGGCGGACGGGAUCGCAACCGAGCUGGUGGGCGCGGGGCUGGUGGCGGCGGCGGACGCUAACGCCAUCGCCUCUCAGUUACAGCGGCUGGUGGACGCCACGCUGUUCCCCGGGGACACUCCUCCUCCUCGCUCGCUCACCUUCCGUCUCGAGUCCACGUCCACGGCCCCGGACGCCCCGCCGCCCGACGAAAAGGGACUCGUCGGCUACGCUCAGAUAUCCAUCGUAGACUGA